UUGAGUUAUUUCACCUUGUAAUAGUUCAACAUGGAAAUUUCUCCCGAGCUUGAGACCUCUGUAACCCAAGGCCUACGGAAAUCCCAUCUUGGAUAUCCAAGGGCACCUGUGGGCCAAAUCAGACACCACCUCUUUCCUGCUUAUGAUUUUUCAGCGUAAUCCCAUCACCUAAAGAAUAAGAUCCUAUACUUAUUAUAUAAUGCCCCUUACAAUCUGGCCUAAAUUCAAUUACUAAUAAUUCUCUCACACAUUACGUUUUCAUCUCCGUUUUUGGCUCUUUACACAAAACUCUCAGUCCACCUUUGUUGUCUGACAACAGCCUAUUUAUAGAGGACUUUGCUUACACAUCCGCUGUAGGAAGAAAACCUUCACUAAACCCCACCACUGUCCUAAAUGUCCUUAAGUCUGUAUUCUCAUAGUAUCCUAUGGGUUUCUCAAUUUUUCAGUCACGUCUUGUUUUAUAUUUAAAUGAUCCACUUGUCCAUCUCUCACACUAACAGUCUAAGCUGGGAAAGGCUGGAUUGGAUCAUACUUACCUUUGUAUCCCUAGUGCUUAGAUCAAUGCCUGCAAAUAUUUCCCUUUUUUUUUUUUAAUCCAUAUGAACAGACUCCACUUUCUUCUGGUUGGUUAUGUUCUGAGAUCCUGUCACAGAACUUGGUCUUUUAUCUCAAAAGUUGAAGGUUCCCAUAGAGCCAGCUGCACAGUUCCCAGAGCACUAACAACACCACAGCCAAUUACCAGGAGCGGGCUGCCCUGAGUUGGUCUCCCAAAAGACAAAGUCCAGGGCUUGGAGAAGGAGCAGGAAAAGAACAAUGGAAGCUGACCAACCCAGAUUCCUAUUUCUAUUAUUUCUUUUCACAUGGCGACUGUCCCCAGAAGUUGCUGCAGAAGUUCAGGAAUCAUCAGAUGGUUCUGCUGCUUCUCAGAAACCCGUGUCACUCACAGAUGUCCCAGCAACCAUGGAAUUCAUUGCUGCUGCUGAGGUGGCCAUCAUUGGUUUCUUCCAGGAUUUAGAAAUACCAGCAGUGUCCCUAUUCCAUAGUAUGGUGCAAAACUUCCAAGACGUGUCCUUUGGAAUCAGCACCGAUUCUGAAGUUCUGGCCCACUACAACAUCACCGGGAACACCAUUUCCCUCUUUCGCAUGGUGGAUAACAAAAAACUGGAUUUAGAGAGCAAAGACAUUGAAAGCAUUGAUGCCACCAAAUUAAGCCGUUUCAUUGAGAUCAACAGCCUCCACUUGGUGACAGAGUACAACCCUGUGACAGCAAUUGGUCUAUUUAAUAGCAUGAUCCAGAUUCACCUUUUACUGAUGAUGAACAAGGCCUCCCCAGAGUAUGAAGAAAGUCUGCACAGAUACCAGAAGGCAGCCAAGCUCUUCCAGGGAAAGAUUCUUUUUAUUCUGGUGGACAGUGGUGUGAAGGCCAAUGGGAAGGUGAUCUCAUUUUUCAAACUAAAGGAGUCUCAACUGCCCGCUUUGGCAAUUUACCGGACUCUGGAUGAGGCGUGGGAUACACUGGCCAUUACAGAACUUUCUGUGGAGCGUGUGCAAAACUUUUGUGAUGGAUUCCUCAAAGGGAAACGGCUGAGAGAAAAUCAGGCAUCAGAAGAAAAGACUUCAAAGGUGGAACUCUGAUCUCUCCCUGAUACUUCUGCAUACUACCAAGUAUUUACAUGAAAUUAAAAAAAGGCAACUCAAACCUCAGAGACACGAAACGACAGGAUCGCCAAGACUUAAACACACACAUAUGCAC